AUGACCACUCGAGCACGCGGCAGUUACCAGCAUCUCCUGCUGGCCGUUGGCGGCAUCUGCGUGUACUGCCUUGGCGUUUUCCAUGGCUCUUCCAGAGGCGUGGCUUCCCUUUCUGCAGAGCAGUAUGGAGAGAUAGCCUCUCAGGCCAUGUUCCCGAUGCAAUCAUUCGUUCCCGACCCGCUGGCGUCAGGCUGCAAUUGGGACAUCGUCUACCACGUGUGGUCGAACGUUAGUGCGACUGCGGGCUCCUGUGAGGAGGCAAAUCCUUUCGUCGAUUGCUGUGGUGAUGGGCAGUGUGCAGGUUUUCUGAGACACUCGAGCCACUGGGGGCAGUGCUACAAGUUUGCCGAGAUGCCUGAUCAGCUGGUGGCGCAUGAGUGGACUCCUGAACCGUUGGAGCUCUUUGAUUCCGCAGCAGUGGCAUCGCAGUGGAGCUUCUACCUGAAGCGUCCCGUCAAGGAGCCUGGCUCUGCGUCCUGGCCGUCGUCGGGAAAGCCUCCCCCCUUCCUCCGCCCCACCCCCGCACCCUCCUCGCCACCCCCCUCCGCUGAAGCUCGCCGCCCGGAGCCGCCGCUCCACACGCGGCCUCUGGAGCAGACCGGCACUGCCGAAGAGGUCCACGUCGUGUUCACCGUGGACUGCCGCCCGUUCAACCUGUGGCAGAGCGAGCUGCUGUUCUUCUCCGCCCUGUCGGCCGGGCAGCCCGGACCUCUGACCGCGAUAGUCUCCGGGUGUGACGAGUCCAUGAGGGACCACCUGCAGGAGCGCCACAGAGCCCUCGCCUGGCCCCCACGGUUCACGCAGUACUUCGUGGAGGCCUUCAAUGACGCGACGUCGAUAUGGCUGAGCAAGCCGCACGGGUUCUACCAGUGGUACAGCAAGGCAGGGCCGUCAAGGGACGUCCUGGCCCUGGUGGACCCAGAUUUUGUCUUCCUGCGCCCUCUGACCGCGAAGCUGGACACGGCCGCGGCGCCCCGCGACUGGGCGGGGCCCGUGCCAACUCGAGUGCAGAAGGGCUUUGUUGUGGGCCAGCGGUACGAAAAUUUGAGGCCACAGUUGGAUAGUACCCUGUAUCACUUUAAUUUCGAGGGGCACAAUAUGAGUGAGGACGAGUUCCUGAGUUGGGUUUGUAGCGGUGACAAGGACGGGGAGACAGGCUGCAGAGGCCUGACACUCUACGAGUUUGGCACUUUUCAUGGCUCUGGGGUGCUCUACAUAGCGCACCGGGAUGACUGGGACUGGCUUGCGCCAGAUUGGAACAGCAUCAACGCACGGUUGCACAAGUAUGCGCCCAAGGGUUAUUACAUUGAUAUGUGA